GUCCCAUUGUUCAAAAUUCGAAGUUAUCUCUCCGCAUCACCUCCCACUCCGGGAGGAGAUGAGAAAAAAAUAGAAAAAAAAAAGAAAAAAAAAGUACACGGCAAAAACACACCACCACUUUACGGCAAACGUUAUCUCUAAAUUGCAAAGUGAACUCACCGCUCCAGCGUCACGAUGUCGGUGGCCCUUUUCGAAACACCGCAGCCGCUCAUGGUGCCGGGCUACACCGGCUACGUCCCCCAAUGGCGCUACCGCAUCGGGGAGACCUUCGGCAAGACCACGCACAAGAUCAUGAUGGACCCACACACCAACAUGGCGGACCAACUGGUGCUGUCGGAUCGGUCCGUCGACAACUACCAGGGUGGUGUGUGGCGGUGCACGGCAGGCUUCCUCCCGCGGGCGCGCGGCCAGUUCGGCCAGCGGUUCACGGCGGCCGCGGCCGCGGCUUUGUCCGACUUCGAGCAGCAGCAGCGGCGCGAGCGCGCCACCCGCAACCAGGUGGUGCGGGCGCAGCAGCUGCAGAACAACGCCGCCGACCCCAAGCACCUGCUGGACCGUAUGGUGCAGGCCAACCAGUGGAAGAUGCCGCUCUACAUGGUUCGUCCCGAGAUGAGCGGCGUCAUCAGGAAGGUCUGCGCCCCGGAGGCCGCCGUGCCGCCCGCCAGGAGCGCCGUCUCGCCGUACUUCAUGGACCCCAACGACCCCGAGAAGUACUUCGUGCUCGGCUACACGGGGCACGUCCCCUACGGCAUGGCGCGCUACGGCCAGACGAGCCAGGCGCUCACCAACUCGGCCCUGUGCGACUUCACCCACAACUACCGGCGCCGCCAGAGCACCGAGUGGGCGCCCGUCGGCGUGGUGCAGGCGGACCCGCCCCUGCUCCUCACCCCGCCCGAGAUCUACCACAAGCACGUCGGGCUGCUGCCGCACUACGUCGGCCACCUGCCCGGCGCCAAGUUCCGGUACGGAAGAACCUAUGGAAACGAUUCAAGAGACGGAAAGAGGUGGCUGAGGGGAGACUACACCACAUAAGAAUAAGAAGCAUGGAAAGUAAACAGGCAAUUUUUAUUCUGUAAGUAAAACACUCUUCAGGAAUAUUUAAAAAGUAAAUGAACAAUUAUGAAAAAAAAUAUGUAACAUGUAAAAAUAUAACUUAAAAUGAUCACAACACGAAAUAAUGUGAGAAUCAAUUACAGCUGAUUGCAGUUCAGCAAUCAGAAAGGUACAUAAAUCUCAACAAUAGUAACUAUUUAGAUAUCACAUAUCACAUAGAUUCUUUUUACAGAAGAGUAAUGAUGGAACACAGAUAGAUCCAAGUUUCAAUCUGAGGUUUUUGCUUUCCUAUGAACUAAUUGCUUCCCUUCCAUUUUUGAAGAAUUUCUGCUGCCUUGUGGAGGUUUUCAUCUUUCUGCAAUGUAUAGAGAUUAGAUUAAUUAAAACAAUAGAAUCCGUAAAAACUUCACUAGAAAAAGAAAAGAUUAAAGAAUGGAUUGAUACACACCUUUAUGAAGCAGUAACGCACAUAAUCUUCAAUGAGUGGCUUAUUGGGCUCACUGUAAAAAGCUGAUGGCGGUAUACCUUGAAGUUUGAUAUUUUUAGACAUCCACUUGGUAAAUUUGUAGUCUCUGUACUUAUCUACCUCCUGAGAUAGAUCAACUUUGUU